AUGGGUUUCGGCGCAGUCCCUUAUCCCCUGGACCCCCUGUCCAAGGGCGAGAUCGAGGACACUGUCGCAGUUGUCCGGAAGGCCAAGGGCGAUGUCUUCUUCAACGUCGUCUCUCUACACGAGCCGCGAAAGGCCGAGAUGACUGCUUGGCUCAGCAGCCCUCAGUCCGCGCCUCGGCCUGCACGCAUUGCUGAUGUUGUCGUUGUUGCGCGGGAUGGAAAGGUCUACGAUGGCCUGGUGAGGCUAUCUGACCUCUCGAUCAUCUCGUGGGAGCACAUGGAAGGUGUUCAGCCCAUUAUCACACUGGAGGAGCUCAUUGCAGUAGAGCAUGCCUGCCGUGAGGACCCCAAUGUCAUUGAACAGUGCGUGCUCAGCGGUGUUGCACGCGACGAGAUGCACAAGGUCUACUGCGAUCCGUGGACCAUCGGCUAUGACGAGCGGUUCGGCAGCACCGUCAGACUCCAGCAGGCCCUCAUGUAUUACCGGCCGGAUCCAGACGCAUGCCAGUACCAGUAUCCGCUGGACUUCUGCCCCAUCUACGACGCCAACAAGGGCAAGAUCAUUCACAUUGAUAUCCCCAAGAUCCGGCGGCCGCUGAGGAAGGACCUUCCGCAGCUCAACUACCACCAUCUUGCCAUCGAGAAGCAGGGCGGCUAUAGGAAAGAUCUGAAGCCUAUCAACAUCACGCAGCCCGAGGGCGUCUCCUUCACCAUGAAAGGCAGAGAGAUCGAGUGGCAAAACUGGAAGAUGCACAUCGGCUUCAACUACAGAGAGGGCAUCGUGCUGAACAACAUCACAUUCAAUGACAAGGGCAACGUCAGGCCGAUCUUCUACAGAAUGUCUCUGGCAGAGAUGGUUGUGCCUUACGGCAACCCCGAACAUCCUCACCAGCGCAAGCAUGCCUUUGACCUGGGCGAGUACGGCGCUGGCUACAUGACCAACAGCUUGUCUCUCGGCUGCGACUGCAAGGGCUCCAUCCACUAUCUCGACGCCGAUUUCCCCGCACGAGACGGCACCAUCAGGCACAUCAAGAACGCUGUCUGCAUCCACGAGGAAGAUGACGGUAUCCUCUUCAAGCACAGCGACUUCCGAGACGACUCGACGAUCGUGACGCGGGCACGGAAGCUCAUCAUUCAGCAAAUCUUCACGGCUGCCAACUACGAGUAUGCCAUCCAGUGGGUGUUUCACCAAGACGGGACCAUCCAGCCCGACAUCCGCCUGACGGGCAUCCUCAACACCUACGUCAUGAACCCGGGCGAGGACACGCACGGCUGGGGCACGCAGGUGCACACGGGCGUCAACGCCCACAACCACCAGCACCUCUUCUGCCUGCGCAUCGACCCCAACAUCGACGGCAGCGCGCGCAACACCGUCUUCGCCGUCGACGCCGUGCCGUCGGCCGCGCCCGUCGGCAGCCCCGAGAACUUCUACGGCAACGGCUUCUACGCGCGGCGCACGCGCCUCGAGACGGCGGCGCAGGCCAUGACCGACUACGACGGCAGCACGUCGCGCUCGUGGGACAUCUGCAACGAGAGCUCGCUGCACCCGCACAGCGGCAAGCCGGCCUCGUACAAGCUCGUCAGCCGCGAGGUGCCGGGCCUGAUGGCCAAGGAGGGCUCGCUCGUGUGGAAGAGGGCCGGCUUCGCCCGGCACGCGGUGCAUGUGACAAAGUACGCGGACGACCAGCUCUGGCCCGCCGGGCGCCACGUGCCGCAGACGUCGGGCGAGCCGUCCCGCGGCCUGCCCGAGUGGAUCGGCGACGGCUCGGCCUCGGUCGCCGACGAGGACAUCGUGCUGUGGCACACGUUUGGCGUGACGCACUUCCCGGCGCCCGAGGACUUCCCCGUCAUGCCGGCCGAGCCCAUCACCCUGCUGCUGCGCCCGCGCAACUUCUUCAGCUGCAACCCGGUCAUGGACGUGCCGCCCUCGUACUCGGUCACGCCGAGCCAGGUCGCCGCCAGCAAGCAGGGCGCCAUGGACCUGACGGACCGCGUGAGCAAGCUGGCGUUUGUCGACGGGCAGGACCAGGCGGCUGCGGCGGCACCGUCGUGCUGCUCGAAGCUGUGA